UCAGUWUAAGUUAUUUCAGUUUACACGAUGGCUACGAAUGGAAAGUAUAAUCUAAAUAUAAGUAUUCAACCGCAAAAACUCCAGCGGACUUCUAAAACCAUAAUUGAGUUGCCCAAUGAAAACUUGAGUGAGGCUGAACUCGUUAGUAAAUCGACUUCGGACAGAACCAAACGCCGAGUAGCCCAUCAGUCGUGGUUUCCUCGACCAGUAAUUUCUAGGCUUGUAGCUCCGGUACAGGUGGUUUCUCAGCCGAAUAAAGAAAAAACCCAUGUCUUAAUGAAGGAAAGUUUAUCGCAUCUAGAACCCUGCAAUGUAAGACAAAUUAACGAUACGGUUGAUUUGGAGUCAAGAGCCCAACAUAGCAAGUCGACAAGUUCUGGAUUUGACGACAGGGUUAAGACUAACAAGAGAAAGUUAGGAGAAUCAGAUUUUGAUGAAGGGACAAAAAAGAAGCGAAAAACAAACAAUGUWGAUAAAUMAAGAAAUAAAGACAUAAAAUAAGGGAAAAAAUCAAGCCAAUUUAAAGGUUUAGCCUAAUGCGGACAAUAAAAGAAAUUGGUUUGUCCUAAGGUAUCAACAAACCACACAAUCGGGCAUUGUCCAUAUGAAAA